GGCGGCGCGCAGGCCGCGGGGACAGGGGGGGUUGUGCCGCUCCCCGCCGGGCCCCGGUCGUGGCUAUAAAGGGGCGGCCGCGGGACGCUGCCCCCUCUCCGCUCGCAGGGCCGCUGCGUGUGAGUCGGUGUCGGGCCCGGCGCCGCCGCGGGCCGCGACCGCGGGGCAGGGCCGGGGGAAGGGGUGGGGUGGGGGGGGCACGGGGAGGAGCCGGGGCACCGGGCGAGCGCGGCUGCGGCUGCUGCGGCCCGCUCGGCUCCGCUCCCUCCGGCCGCCCCGCUCGGCCGCCGCCGCGCUGCCCUGGCAGAGCCGCUCUGUUUGCUAGAGAUAUAUAAAAAAUAUAACCCCGGCGGAGAAGAUUUAACUUUAAAUGAAAGGUUAGUAUCGAUAUAUAGUGCAGAGAGGGGGCGUUUUCCUGAUUUUUGCCGGUUUUUUUUACCUCAGAAAACCAAACGGCCUCCGCUCUGGGGCUACAGCAGGCGCUUAAAGUGAAACAGGGGACGUGGGUUUAGGGGAGCUCGAGGCGGGUUUUGCCCCAGAGCUGGCAGUGGGAACGCUCAGGAGACGGCGUGUGCAUUUUGGCUUCAUAUCCGAGCCCUGCUCUCCUGGAGGCUUAACUUAGUUCCUCUCUGAUUUCCAGGCCUCUCUCCCCACUCAGCCCCUCUGUCCCCUCCUUCCACCCCCUGCUCUCCCAGGCCGCGGCUUAGCGAGGCUUUUAAAUAAGAUUUUUGAGUUUGGCCCCCCCCAGUUUAAAUAUUUACCAAAAGCUCGACUUAAAGAAGCCCCACGACUCGAGUGAGUUCCCUGCUGGGAGCACGUGGUGGGGGAAGAUGAACGCGGCUGCCAGCAGUUACCCGAUGGCGUCUCUGUAUGUGGGUGACCUGCACCCCGAUGUCACCGAGGCCAUGCUCUACGAGAAGUUCAGCCCCGCCGGGCCCGUCCUCUCCAUUCGGGUGUGCAGGGACAUGAUCACCCGCCGGUCCCUCGGCUAUGCCUACGUCAACUUCCAGCAGCCAGCGGAUGCUGAGCGUGCUCUAGAUACCAUGAAUUUUGAUGUGAUCAAAGGAAAACCCAUUCGCAUCAUGUGGUCUCAGAGGGACCCCUCCUUGAGGAAGUCAGGGGUUGGGAAUGUCUUCAUUAAGAACCUGGACAAAUCCAUUGAUAACAAGGCACUUUAUGACACAUUCUCAGCGUUUGGGAAUAUUUUGUCCUGCAAGGUGGUGUGUGAUGAGAAUGGCUCUAAGGGCUACGCGUUUGUGCACUUUGAGACACAGGAUGCUGCAGACAGAGCCAUCGAGAAGAUGAACGGCAUGCUGCUGAACGACCGCAAAGUAUUUGUUGGGAGAUUCAAGUCUCGUAAAGAACGGGAGGCUGAGUUGGGAGCCAAGGCAAAGGAAUUCACCAAUGUUUAUAUUAAAAACUUUGGGGAUGACAUGGAUGAUGAAAGACUAAAGGAGCUCUUCAGCAAAUAUGGUAAAACUCUGAGUGUUAAAGUGAUGACAGACCCCACUGGAAAAUCCAAAGGCUUUGGCUUUGUAAGCUUUGAAAAGCAUGAAGAUGCUAACAAGGCAGUAGAAGAAAUGAAUGGGAAGGACAUCAAUGGGAAGAUGGUGUUUGUAGGCCGAGCACAGAAGAAGGUCGAGCGCCAGGCAGAGCUGAAACGGAGGUUUGAACAGCUAAAACAAGAGAGACUCAGCCGGUACCAGGGUGUUAACCUAUAUAUUAAAAACCUAGAUGACACCAUAGAUGAUGAAAAACUGAGGAAGGAAUUCUCACCUUUUGGGUCAAUAACAAGUGCCAAGGUGAUGCUGGAAGAUGGACGGAGCAAAGGGUUUGGCUUUGUCUGCUUUUCCUCUCCAGAGGAAGCCACAAAAGCUGUGACAGAGAUGAACGGGCGAAUUGUGGGCUCAAAGCCGUUGUAUGUGGCACUUGCCCAAAGGAAAGAGGAGCGAAAGGCCCAUCUGACCAACCAGUACAUGCAGCGCAUCGCUGGGAUGAGAGCCCUGCCUGCCAACACAAUCAUUAAUCAGUUCCAGCCUGCUGCUGGGGGCUAUUUCAUGCCUGCUGUGCCCCAGGCUCAGAGCAGACCCACUUACUAUGCACCCAAUCAAAUGGCACAGAUGAGACCCAACCCACGCUGGCAGCAAGGAGGAAGACCUCAAGGCUUCCAGGGAAUGCCAAAUGCCAUGCGCCAGUCUGGACCACGGCCAGCACUGCGCCAUCUGGCCCCUGCCGGCAAUGCCCCGGCCUCUCGUGGCCUCCCUGCCGCUGCCCAGCGAGUUGGAGUGGGUGCCGCAGCGCAGAGUUUGGCCCCUCGCCCGCCCGUGGCUGCCCCCGCUCCCAGAGCGGUUCCUCCCUACAAAUACGCCUCUAGUGUCCGCAGCCCGCACCCGGCUGUGCAGCCCCUGCAGGCACCUCAGCCUGCAGUCCACGUGCAGGGACAGGAGCCACUGACAGCCUCCAUGCUGGCUGCUGCCCCCCCCCAGGAGCAGAAACAGAUGCUGGGAGAACGUUUGUUCCCUCUGAUCCAAGCUAUGCACCCCAGCCUGGCAGGGAAGAUCACGGGAAUGCUGCUAGAGAUUGACAACUCAGAGCUGCUGCACAUGCUGGAGUCUCCGGAGUCCCUGCGGUCGAAGGUGGAGGAGGCCGUUGCAGUGCUGCAGGCUCACCAAGCCAAGAAGGAAGCUGCCCAGAAGGUGGGCGUGGUUGCUGCUACCUCUUAAACCAGGAAGACUGGAUGCAAAGAAGCCAAAUAGCCCCUUCGUAGCCAUCAGCUCAAGAUGUUUGGAGGCUCCUCCCUGUCCUGCAGAUCUCAAUGCCAUGCAUCCUAUCACAUAGUUUAUUGCAUUUUGUAAAUUAAUCUUUAAGGUCUUAUUUAAAAAGGCAAGUCUGAAGUUCUAGAUCUCCCAAACCAGAACAGGGCUCGCAAGCUUCUCCUUCGUGGCCGGAACAGAGCUACCCUUUGUGUCUUCUGAGGAGGACACCAGGGAUUUUAGGUUGGAAGUAUUUUGUGGUUUUGGUUUUAAACUCAGCAAUCCAGUUUGGAAAGUCUGGAAAGCAUUUAUCAAUAAAGGAAUAAAAUUCCA